AUGGCCUUCAUACUCCGGCGACCGUUUGCAGUCGCAAGCACAAUCGCCAAAGAAAUCCCCAAAGCGACAUCAAAGUCCACGAUCCGCAGUUUCCAAACCCAAUCGCAAGCACCAAACGUCUUCCCCAAGCAGUCGACGCCUCUACGUACCGCCUUCGCCGCAAACCAACAAAAUGUCUUCCGCUCCGCCUUUCGCCACUCCUCGCAACGUGGUUACCAGACCCAAGCGCCCGUCAACCCACUCGCGCAAGGGAAUCUGACCCAACGCUUGAUAUACGGCGGAGCAAUCUUCGGAGGCGCAAUCCUAGCCACCAACCUCAUCUUCAAUCGCGAAACGCGCGAAGAUGGCGGCAUGCCACCCUACGAACGAAGCUACCUGAAUGAAACAUUUCUACACACAGGCCUGGGAAUCGGUAUCAUCGGAAUCGCUGCUCGCGCUCUGCAUACCAGCGGCUGGUCUUACCGCCUCAUGUCCGCGAACCCGUGGCUGGUAUUGGGAAUCGGCCUCGUAGGAUCUAUUGGAACCAUGAUGGGAUGCCGCGCUACGCCCCCGGAGAACUACAUGCUCAAGUAUGCUCUAUGGGCAGGGUUUAACGUGACGCAGGCCGCGCUKUUGUCUCCUAUGCUCUUCUUCCACCCUGCCAUCCUGGCUCGCGCUGGCCUGUACACUGUCGGAAUGAUGGGAUCGAUUGCUUUUGUGGGUGCCACCGCCAAGCAGGAAAAGUACCUGUACCUUGGAGGACCUCUGCUCGCCGGUGUCGCUAUCGUGGCACUUUCUGGUCUUGCACCACUCGUUCUGCCAGUCACUGCUACCCGUGCAUUGGCUAUGACCGAGAACCUCUGGUUGUAUGGAGGUCUCGCCGUCUUUGGUGGCUUCACCCUCUACGACACCCAGAAGAUUCUGAACCACGCCCGUCUAGCCGAGCGUGGUCUGUUCCGACGUGACGCCGUCAAUGAGUCCAUUGCUCUCGAGCUCGAUUUCAUCAACAUCUUCGUUCGCAUGGUCCAGAUUCUGGCWAUGCAGCAAGGACGGAGAAAGUAA